UCAUCGCUCGAUCGUGCAGCCACUGGUAGUCGACGCACGAACAUCACGGACCACAGAAAGGCUUUAUAUUCAGCUUAAUUGGCGAAUUCCCUACUGUCAGAAUGAGGGAGUACAAGCUCGUUGUCCUUGGGUCGGGAGGUGUCGGAAAGUCUGCUUUGACUGUUCAAUUCGUUCAAUCGAUUUUCGUGGAAAAAUAUGAUCCUACGAUUGAGGAUUCGUAUCGCAAGCAAGUUGAGGUGGAUGGACAACAAUGCAUGUUGGAAAUCCUGGACACGGCAGGAACAGAGCAAUUUACCGCCAUGCGUGAUUUAUACAUGAAGAAUGGACAAGGAUUUAUCCUUGUGUAUAGCAUAACGUCACAGGCGACAUUUAGCGAUCUGGUGGAGUUGCGGGAGCAAAUAUUGCGCGUGAAGGACACCGAAAAGGUUCCCAUGGUUUUGGCGGGGAACAAGUGUGAUUUGGAGGAUGACCGAGUCGUUUCGAAAGAUCAAGGAUCGUCGUUGGCGUCACAAUGGGGUGGAUGCACUUACUUGGAGACGAGUGCGCGGAAGAAGAUUAAUGUCGACGAAGUUUUCUUCGAUCUGGUGCGUCAGAUCAACCGGAGCAUGCCAGACAAGGACAAGAAAAAGGACAAAAAGAAGUGCACGAUUUUGUAAUCGACUUUGGACCUCCCCAAGCUGGUUCGAUAACCCCAAAUCCCAAACCCAAAUGUAAUCCGUCGAGCCUCGCAAAAGACACCUUUCCUUGAUUUUUUUUCGGUAGAUUUCCUAUCACAAUCCCUUCCCCCAUGUUCGGCAAGCUG